AUUUAUAGAUCCGUCGGGUCUUGGUUGUUUGCAAAGCCAAAGAGCACCUCAAUGCAAAUUUAUCAAGAGAAUAAUCGGACGGCAUACCGAAAAUAGCGCAGCAGAAUCGCAGAAAACCUCAGAAGCUUCUUUCAACUAUACUGCUUUCUGAACUUCUCCCGGCUCAGUAGUGCUGGAGCCUCAGACGUAUUUCAUCCUCUUCCUCAUCGAUUGUGACUCUGAACUUCUCUCUCCCUCUGCUGAGAGAGCACCUACCGUCUGUACUUCUGCUGUCCAAUACACCAAAGCAGACUUUUGGAAUGGCUGCUAAACCUCAUCCACCUCUGAUGAAGAAACACAGUCAGACCGAUCUGGUGAGUCGUCUCAAGACACGCAAGAUCCUGGGCGUCGGUGGAGAGGAUGAUGAUGGAGAAGUGCAUAGGUCGAAGAUCAGUCAGAUGCUGGGGAAUGAGAUCAAGUUUGCAGUUCGAGAGCCUAUGGGACUGAGGUUAUGGAUCCUCUUCUCCGCUGUGGUUUUCACAGUCAUGGCCCUUAUGGCCCUAGCCUUCCCUAACCAGCUGUAUGAAGUUGUAUUUGAUCAAGAACAAACAGCCACCAGUGUCUCUAUACGUCUCUAUGGAGGGGCCAUUCUCAGUCUCUCUCUGAUCUUGUGGAAUGGCUUGUACACUGCUGAGAAGGUUAUCAUCCAAUGGACGUUACUUAGCGAGGCCUGCUACUUUGCCAUCCAGUUUUUAGUGACCUCCGUCACUCUGGUGGAGCUGGGCUCCCUACCAAAUGCUGCCAUCCUCCUCCUCCUCAGUCACGUAUUCUUCCUCACUGUCACGCUGACCUACUACUACCAUCUGGGACGCCGGCCCAAGAAGAUCUGAGAGCCCCACAAGCACCGUUACGACACACCUGGUGCUUGGGGAGUUGAGUGACGGGCCACUGGGCUGGAGUUUCCAUCAGAAGCUUUGAACAGUGACACGACCAACAACAUCAACCUGUUCACCUGGCGUUGAGCCCUACCACAAGGACAACGCCAACCCCAAGGCCUUUAUUUUGAUUUCAGCUUACACAAUAGAGUUUGCCUUUACUGAGCAACUCCAUCUCUUUUUGUUUUGUUUUCUUUUUUUUUAAUGGGAAACACUCACAAUAUGGUCAAAUGAAUUCCAUUUUUCUUUCGGAUAGUGCAGUCACAGUGUAGCCCUCCUCAUUCACCGUUUAUCGUGUAAAGUAUUGCACACUGUAGCCGAGCUUGGACUGCUGGUGUAAUUGUCUGUAGCUAUGGUAUCAACAAAACUGUAAAUCAUUUCAUGUAAUAAUGCCAAUGACUUUGAGCUCCUAGUCAUGUGACGUGCGUGAGGGUGGCUAGAAAACACUAGAAUGUGUGUGUUUUACGUGCAGGUCAUUCAGUGUUUGAGCAGUAAAAACAUUGUUCCUGGUUGGUGUAUUUUGUAUCAAUACUGUAUCACUGAACUAGGAACAACCUGCUCUACAUCGAAUUAGUUCUUAUAUGGGAAUGGUUAUGAAAAGCAUAGUUAUACUUUAUGGAUGACAGACACAACAGGUUCAUUACUUCGCUUAGUCGGCUAGUUGGUGCAUGGACUGUUUCAGGAACUUCAUUGUUAAACAGUGAAUGGGUUUGAACUAAUUAUUCAUAUUUCAGAUAACAACUUUAUCCAUUUUUUUCUUAGUGUCAAGUUCGUUUUCAUCAAGAUGUCAGUGUGUAUGAACAAGAAACCUUUUUCGUUUAGUAAUGCCACAGAACAUGGUUGUGUAGCACAAUGACAUGUUUCUUUCAUUUUAACAAGCAAUGUAGCAGUAUUUUCCCUCACUUUUCCCUAAUAUUGCCUUAAUAUGCUAAACUACACAAGCGUUCCACGUCAGCACACUGCCAGGUGUUUGUAUUCUUCAACUGAUCUGUAUAUAUAUUUUUUUUGUUGAUUUGCAGUUCUCCAGUUGCUUAUUUAUUGGCCUGCCUAAAAGUUUUUGCAUAAGUUAAUUUAUAUAUAUGUUUAAGGUUUGUGGUAUAACUUGCAUGUUUAUUGUCUGAGUUGUUCAGUCCAGAAAUGAUCUUGUAUGCCCUUGAUAACAAGUCGUCUUGUGCGAGUUCUGAGACAAACUGCAAAAUCAAAAUGAAUCGUGUGUAUGAAGUUACAUGUUUGCUGCCUUGUUUGUAUUUGCUGUUAUUUUCCAAAGUGUCCAUUAGUACAACAGUGACAACCCAUGAAAAGCAUAAUAGAAUUGGAAGCAUUUUAUAACUUUAAUAGCAUAACUUGGAUAUUGGAAAAACGUUGAUUGGCUAUAUGGAAGGAAGGAAUACAUUUCGGAAGAACCUGUACGGUAAAUAUCUGUUGUUAAAUGUUGCGUAUGAAGCUACCGUGCUGUUGGUUGUUUUCAAAUAUGAUAGA